CUUCGGUGGAUUGCCGGAUCUGUAUUGGAGACGGACCGGAAACUGCUUGAGGUUACCGAAGUCUGUUCACUUGUGUUGCACCUGAUCAGCCUGCAAACCCUUCCUCAGCUGUUUCCCUCAGAGCUGUCUGUGUAGCGCAGAGAAGAUGUUUAGAAGUGCGUCAGCGCAGAUCUUCAGACAGGCGGUGAGAUACAGGAGCACAGACACCAACCUCAUUCUGGAAAGAUCGAUAAACCGCGUUCAGCUGUUAGGCCGAGUGGGUCAGGAUCCGGUGAUGAGACAAGUGGAUGGUCGAAACCCUGUCACCAUCUUCUCGAUGGCGACCAAUGAAAUGUGGCGCUCUGGAGACAGCGAGACGAGCACAGCAGGUGACAUCAGUCAGAAGACAACAUGGCAUCGUAUUUCUGUGUUCAAGCCUGGGUUGAGAGAUGUGGCAUACCAAUAUGUCAAGAAAGGGUCUAGGAUCCUCGUUGAUGGGAAACUGGACUAUGGAGAGUACGUGGACAAGAACCAAGUGAGACGGCAGGCCACCACCAUCAUAGCAGACAACAUUGUCUUUUUGAGCGAAAGUGUUCGAGACAAACUCUGAAGGUCUUUUUCUUCGUCUUCGCUCAACAAGACAACUUCUUUUUGUAUUUUCUUGUUUCACCAAAAAAAAGAAGAGUACCUGAAUGCCACCAAGAAAAGGGACUGACUCGCCUAAGAGAAGGGGGACAGAAUAUUCUUUGACACCCUGACUGCUGCAGACUCUGAGGCAUCAGGAGAAGCAGAGAGCCCACAUUUGUAGUAUAAUUACGUUUAACAUGUAUUUGAUCAUGUAUAUAACCAGGUAAAAGACAGUUUAUAACCUUUUUUGUUUGUACUGAAGUUUAAAGUGUGAGAAAAAUGUUGGAGUCAGAGGUGAAGGUUCAUUUCACUGUGUUUGAGGACAAUGUAGAAGUUGUAACUCCAUGAAAAGCAUCUCUUACUCCUGAUGAGUAAUAUACACAAAAGUGAUCAGUUUUUCUUUAUUCCAGUAAAAUCGUGUCUUGUUGCAGCUCAGGAAUAGAGGGUAAGGCUGAAUUUGACAGGUCUGAAACUGGUUGUUAGAUUUUUGACUAUUGCUUGAAUGUAAAGUUAAAAUCAGCCUGAGUCUCACAACUGUUCCAGAUCUUCUGUUUUAAAGUAGAGCUCAAUUUUCUAGCAGUAAGGUAAAAUCAAAAACUCCUGAUUCACAUCAUCGUCAGUCAUUAAAAACCUUCAUCUCCAACAUUAAUUUCAGUGAUUUUAUUUACAAAAGUUCAAGAAUUAAAAAUUUGACAUACUGCUCAAGCAAAGAAACUCAAAACUAUAUGAGAUAGAAAACUUGAAAAUAAAACCUGACUUUGAGGUAA